UUGAUUUUCUUUCCCGGUGUUCAUAGGCAAGGCUUGCAUUAACCUCAGAAGAGUCUAACCUUGGAAUAUUUACUGAGAAAACGAAGUUAAACUGAUACACACUUCAAUGUAGCAUAAAUCCACGAGGUUGAAUUUAGUAGAAUAACUCUGGUUCGAAUGGUUUUCCUUUAUUGUGACAGGACACGUUUAAUUUGGACAACAUUUGGUGGCCACCCACCUCAACACGUUUGACGCAGACAGCAGCCCAUUUGUCGCGUGGUUUGGGGACUGUUGGUCUGAGGACUUGGUCAAAUAUUCCUACAACUUCACAUGGGAGAAAAAGCCAGAAAUAAUUGAUAAAGGUUUCCUGUUUGGUCAAUGGGAUGUUAGAGGUCUGGAGGCGUGCCAGAACUGAAGGAGCAUGGUGAAGCACCAACCCCUGCAGGUUUACGAGAGGCAGCUGUGUUUGUCAUGUCUCACAGGGAUCUAUGGGUGCCGGUGGAAACGGUACCAACGGUCACAUGAUGACACCACUAAGUGGGAGUUCCUGUGGUCUCUCAUCCUCUUCUUCACCUUCUCUCUGCUCCUGGUCUGGUUCUACUUCUGGUGGGAGGCACACAACGACUACAAUGAGUUCAACUGGUUUUUAUAUAACCGCUCUGGGGAGUGGAGCGAUGGGACCGUUCCAAUCCUGGCCACUACCGCUGCCGGCUUCACUUAUAUUGCAUUUUUAAUGAUUUUAGCACUUUGCCACAUAGCAGUGGGACAACAGCUGAACUUGCACUGGCUGCACAAGAUUGGAGUGAGUGCUGCCCUGCUGACCACUGCCAUUGGAUUCAUAUCUGUCAAUCAAACAUGGGGGGAGGAGUGGGCAGUCAUCCCUGUAUCACUCCAGGCCACGGGUCCCUUCCUACACCUAGGAGCUCUGGUGGCUGUCACCGCUCUGGCCUGGCUGGUGGCUGGGCAGAUCGCCCGCACAGAGAAAAUAAGGUUCCAGGUGGUGGUUCUCCUGCUCUACAUGAGUGUUCUACUGGGCCUCUACAUGGCCCCCCUUUCCAUCACCUCCCCCUGCAUCAUGGACCACACCAACCUCACUCCACGCCCUAAUGUCAUUGGCCACCAGGGCGCCCCCAUGCUGGCUCCAGAGAACACUAUCCUGUCUUUCCAGAGGGCUCUGCAGAUGAAUGUCAGUGGGCUGGAGGCUGACGUGGCCAUCAGCUUUGACGGGGUGCCAUUUCUGAUGCGAGACCGCACCUUGAGGAGGACUACAGAUGUGGGGAAGGUGUUUCCAGCCAGACAGCUGGACGAUGCCUCCUCAUUCAACUGGACAGACUUACACAGCCUCAACGCCGGCCAGUGGUUCCUCAAGGACGACCCCUUCUGGACGGUCCAGUCCAUGGCUCAGAGGGAGGUGAUGCUGGUGGGGAACCAGGGCGUGUGUAGUCUGGAGCAGCUGCUGAGGCUAGCCUUCCUCCAUAACCAGACAGUGGUUUUCAGCCUGCGACGACCCCCGCACAGACACCCCUGCUACCACAGUUGGAUCAACGAUACCCUGGAAGUCAUACGCCUAUCUGGGAUUCCACAGCACCUGGUGAUGUGGACCCCAGACUGGGACAGGGGGCAGGUAAGACAGGUGGCUCCAGGGCUUCAGCAGACAUCAGUAGAGAAGCUGCCGCCUCAAGUCCUUCACCAGCAGGGAAUCAGCAGCCUGCUGCUACGUUACAGCCAGGCCAGCCCCUAUGACAUCCGAGAGUUCUCCAGGAGCAACGUGAGUGUGACUUUGUACACGGUCAACGAGCCCUGGCUGUUCUCUGUGCUCUGGUGCAGCGGGGUUUCUUCUGUCUCCUCUGAAGCCCCCAACAUCCUCAGAAAGGUGCCUUACCCCAUCUGGCUCAUGAGUCCAGAUGAAUACUGUCUGAUCUGGGUCGCCGCUGAUCUCAUCUCCUUCACUGUAGUUAUAGGAAUUUUUGUAUUCCAAAACUAUCACAUUAUCAGAUGGAGGUUGAGUGGCAUGCACAGCUACAACCCUGAACAGAUCAUGCUGAGUGCCGCAGUCCGGAGGUCCAGCAGAGACGUCAACAUUAUGAAGGAGAAACUCAUCUUCUCCGGUCAACCGCAGUAGCAGUCUCAUCCUGUGUGUGUGUGUGACCUGCACUCCUCUCCACCUCCUCUUCAUCCUGCCAUCUGUCCAUCCUCCUCUGGCUGCUGUGACCAUUCCAUCCAUCCCUCCCUACCCACUUCCCUCUGCCUGCCCCGCCCUUCCCCCCGCUCUUUCCCAAUUGCCCACAGAGUCCUGCAUCAUUUAUUAGGGCUCCUAGACAGCCCACUGUGACCCACCAGCCUCUCCUGGUGGGUGGUGAAAGGUAAGUCUAAUGGGGAUGCUGAUGAGACUUCAAUGAUCAUCAGUCAGUCCAAACCACUCUAAAAUCACACUAGUAGGUCUUAGAAGAUACGUGGUGACAUACAGAGCAAAGGAAGCUACGGGAUUUCUCUCGUGUGGUUUGGAUAUGAUGUUGCAGUGAUAUUGUUUUUGAUGUCCUGGAUAUUCAAUGUGCAUUGAUGUGGUCUGUGUUAUCAGUGAAAUACCUUGUGAACACUUACUGAUGCCCCUUCACUCUUCUGCCUCCCAGAGGUGAGCAAUGGUGUGGGCAGUGCUGAGGACCUGUACAUGGAGAAUGGCUUUGACUACUACAACAACGAAGGCAUCUCCCAUUGACUCUCACUCUACUAAUGUGAAUCUACUGAAAGACACCUGACUCUACUAGCAUGUGGAAACUGAGUGAAUUAAGACUUCCAAGUGACUGUCUGUUCUGAUUACUCUUGUUUUACUCAGUGUAUCCAGAUAGUUAUUGGUUUGUUCCUCCUACUUACUAACUGAUUGAUUGACAGGCUGCUGUAUUACUGAAGAAUCGCAGGCAAGCACCACCCAUUGCUUUGUACAUUCUGUAAAUAGGUUUGUUUUUGCUUGUUAAAUAGAUGUGGGACUAAAAUCACUUUUUUAUUGAUAAACCAAUUGAUUUGUCAGAUUUGUGGCCUCUUCUCACCUAGAUCACUUUAUUUAUUUUUUACAAUUUGUUUGAAAAUAUAUUGGCCCAUUUAAAUAUCGUUUUUCACUCAAACCUCCCGUGGGCAGGGAUUGAAUGGGCUCAUGGGCCGUAGUUUUCCCACCCCUGCUCUAGAUGCUUUGGAGGCCCCCCCAGUUACCAAUGCUUGUUUAUUAUUAAAAACCUAUUUGUUUGUUUUUAAACUGUUAUUUACUUGCAGUCACUUUAUAGCAUAGCCAAUUCUUAGUUAUUUAGAGGAUUUUACUACUUGUGCAGCAUUGCUCUUAUUUCCUGCCACGUUUGGGUGCUAUUCUAAUUUUUAGGAACAAAAAGAACACUAACAAGCUGUUUACAGAGGGUCCUGCCUUCGACGAAGUGAAAUAUUUACAUGUAAGAUGUCAUUGAUGUAAGAUAAUGAUUUGAACAGCAUUUCCUUCAUCCAUGCUUGUGACAUCGAAUGACUUGUGGAGCUGUGCUGUCUCAGGCAGGGCUUGUGUUCAGGCAGAACUGCUGGGUAUGUUUUCGGUUCAUUGUGAAUGUUUUGAUUUUUAAAGGAUGUGAACCGUGUAUUAUGGCAGAGAUUUCACCACCUACCCCAGGUAUGCAGUUCUACAUGGAGUGUGUACAUGUUAAAAGUUUUAUAUGCUAUGGCUGUCUGAGGAUUAUAUUGGAAAUGUGAUGCAUAAUAAUAGCAAUAGUGUUGAGAAGUUUAUGAAAGUAAAGUCAUUUAAAUAUUUUGCAGACCAACUUCUCAAUGGCAUUUGAACAGCAAACUGCACCAUAUAGAGUGACAUUAAAGGGUAUCUUUUAUUUUGUGAUGAAGUGGUGUGCUAUAUUAACUGUGAAAAUAAAGCUCUAGGCUGUUGAAGGGACAACGCUGAGUAUCAGAAUAGUUCACACAGGGUCAAGGAAUGGAUUGACUUGUGUUCAUUUACUCCUUUGGUAUUUGUGUGCCUCAAAGUCAACAUUAAAAUGCUUCUGAUACCAAA